AUGUCAAAUCCCGACUCCGAUAUCUCCAAGCCACUUGGUCCAGCCGCGCAAGAUGAUAUAGAUACGGCCGACCGUGCUGCUCCUACUCAUACGGAUAAGCCGUCCGCAGAAUUGCAUCAGGAUGCACGCCGAAGACCGCCACAUCCUCCUCACCAACACCCGCAUGCACGCGGCCAUCCUCGUCCUCCUCAGCAGCAUCGUCAAUUCGGGAUUUCCUACUCACCCUACAGAGCCGAUCGAAGCUGCAAGACCCAAGAGGAUGUGAACAAGGACCUCGGCCGACUAUCGCACUACUCAUUCGUUCGCAUUUACGGCACAGACUGCGACCAAACGAAGACAGUAACUACCGCUGCACGACUACACCACAUGCGCGUCUUCGCAGGACUCUACGAUCUGACGGACUUUCCACACAGCCUGGACCCUAUAACCAAAGCAGCAACUCUCCCGAACGGGAAGAAGGACUGGUCGAUAUUCCACACGAUAGCCAUCGGCAACGAGCUCGUCAACGGCGGCCGUAAUUCCCCCGCUGACGUCGUGAGUGCAGUGCAUAAGGCGCGGUCAAUCUUGCGGAAGCAGGGAUACCAUGGCCCCGUCGUCACCGUCGACACAUUCUCCGUGCUACUGGAGCAUCCGGAGUUAUGCAUCGCGUCAGACUACUGCGCCGCGAACUGCCAUGCUUUCUUCGAUGCGACGCAGCACCCGUCCGAUGCGGGCGCUUAUGUACUCACGCAGAUGCACAGCGUUUCGGCCGCUGCUGGUGGGAAGCGCACGAUGAUCACUGAGUCUGGUUGGCCUCAUGCUGGAAGCCCUAACGGUGCCGCUAUCCCUUCACCUCAUAACCAACGCGUCGCUGUCGGUAGUCUGAGGCGCAGUUUCGCGCACCAGCCUGAAGAUCUGGUGCUGUUUACUGCCUUUGAUGAUCUUUGGAAGGAUGAUAACCAGUGGACUUUCAAUGCGGAGAAAUUUUGGGGGAUUGUCUAG